AUGUGGACCUUGCACCCGGAUUUCCUUGAUUUAGUUAAAGAUUCUUGGUCUAAGACGGUAAAUAAUUCUUGCCCGAUCUAUACCAUUAUGAUCAAGCUGAAGAGACUGAGAAUGGAGAUUCGCAGCUGGAAUAAAAGCACUUUUGGUAACGUGGAUCGGCUGCUCAUGGAAAAACAGCAGGAGUUGACGGAGAUUCAAGAGAAUAUUGCUGUUGAAGGCUACACGGAAGAGCUUUUUGAUAAAGAGAUUGAGGCGCAGGCUAGCAUUAAUGCUACCCUUUCACGGAAGAACUCCCUGCUGCAGCAGAAAAGUCGAGCAGCUUGGCUGCAAGAUGGGGAUAGGAACACCAAUUUCUUCCACAGCAUGCUCAGAUACAAGAAAAAACCUCACUUUCUUUCGCACCUUACUAUUGAUGGGGUUACGUGUGUUGAUCAGAAUAGAAUUGGGAAUCACAUUGUGGAGUUUUUCUCUAAUAUUUUCACUGAGAAUUCUCAUUCGCAAGCGGAUAUUGUGGAGGUGGAGGCGAUUCUGGACCAGGUUGUUUCGGACCAGAAUAACUCGUUGUUAUCCGCCACUCCUAAUGAAGAAGAAAUCACUGCUGCUGUCUUUCAAAUGGACUCCAAUAGCUCGCCUGGACCGGAUGGUUUCUCGGGAAAGUUCUAUCAUCACUGUUGGGACAUCAUCAAGAAAGACAUUUGGCGCGCUGUCACUACUUUCUUUGACAAAUCUUAUCUGCCGCUUGGAUGUAAUGCUAAUACGUUGAUUUUGAUUCCAAAAAAGGAGAUUGUUGGCUCGGUUACUGACUUAAGGCCGAUUGUUCUGUCGAACUUCUUUUUUAAAAUUAUUUCGAAGGUUUUGGCGGUGAGAUUGAGUGUUGUUGCCGCUCAACACGUGUCAAGGAAUCAAUUUGGCUUCAUUAGCGGGCGAUCGAUUCACGACUGUAUCAUGCUGGGCUCGGAGGGCAUUAACUGCUUGAGACGUUCCAGUAAUGGUCAAAACAUGGCCUGUAAAGUUGAUAUCUCAAAGGCGUUUGACACUCUUAGGUGGGAUUUCCUUAUUAAUGUCCUCAAAGUUUGUGGCUACAAUCAUCGGUUUAUCAGGUGGAUUGAGGUGAUUCUCUCGUCGGCUCGUCUCUCGAUUCUGUAUAAUGGUGAGCUCCGAGGUUUCUUCGGCUGUUCGCGUGGUGUUAGACAAGGAGACCCUUUGUCUCCUAUUCUGUUUGGGAUCGCUGAGGAUGCUCUUAGCGGCCUUUUCCAGAAUUGUGUUCGCUCGGGACAUCUUGAGCCUAUGCAGUUUAGUAGAGGUGUGCCCUUCCCCACGCAUUUGCUCUACGCUGAUGAUAUUCUCAUUUUCUGUAAGGCCACUAAAGCAAAUGCUAGAACUCUGCUUAAAAUCCUGAACUUCUAUGGUGAGAUCUCUGGUCAGGUUUUCAGCCCUUCUAAAUCUCAGAUCAUUUUCUCUGAUCAUAUUGUUGCGAGAACUAAGAGACAGGUGACACGGAUUUUGGCUCUCUCCAUUGGUAAUUUGCCUUUCUCUUAUUUGGGUGUUCCGAUGUUCCGUGGAAAGCCGAAAGCUUCCCAUAUGCAGGUGAUUCAUGAUAGAAUUAUUAAUAAAUUUGCUCGCUGGAAAGGUCUUCAGCUUUCUAUGGCGGGCAGAUUGUGUUUAAUUAAUUCUGUUAUUAGUAGUUCGAUCACUCACUCGAUGAUGGUGUUUAGAUGGCCCAAAUCUCUUCUGAAAAGUUUAGAUGCCAAAUGCAGAAAUUUCCUUUGGAAUGGUGACAUUAGUAAACCACCUUCUUGCUCUGUUAGUUGGAAUAGAGUUUGUGCUAUCAAGGCGGAGGGAGGUCUUGGAAUACGGUCUUUCGUGAUUAUGAAUAAGAGCUUCCUGAUGAAAAUGGCCUGGAGAGUGAUUGAAGGGAAUAGCUUUGGCUAUGACAUCAUUAAACGAAGGUACCUCACUCCUUGCUGCAAAGUGAAAAACGUGGCGCCCUCUUCGGUGUGGAUUGGUUUGCGUGAGGAAAUCGGCGGUCUGGUUUGGGAUUCUUACAGCUACAUUGGUAAAGGUGAUUCUGUGCUUUUCUGGUUAGACGACUGGCUUGGGUAUCGACUGGCAGAUAAAUGUGGCAUUCCUUUCUUUUUGAGGAAUUCUAUUAAUCAAACUGUUGAGGAUUAUUUUUUCGAUGGCGUUUGGCAUUUCACACAAGAGUUUGUGAAUUCUUAUCCCAUGGUGGUCUGUGACAUUCUUUUGUUACCUAUUGGUGAUUCAGACGCGAGGUUUUGGAAACCUUCGUUGCAAGGCAAAGUUACGGCUGCCCUUGCUUUCUCGCACCAUAGUCACAAGUUUCCUAAAGUUUCUUGGGGGACUUGGAUUUGGGAGCCCUACAUUCCGACACAUCGUUCUUUGGUAUGCUGGCGUCUUCUUCAUGAUCGUAUGCCGACUUAUGAUAGGCUGAUUAGACAGGGCAUGAUUAUGCCGAAUCGGUGUCCUUUUUGUCACAGAGAUUCUGAGACGCCGGAGCAUAUUUUUUGGGAUUGUACUUUGGUGCGUCAUAGCUGGAUUAUUUUCUGCAAUUGGUUUUGUUUCCCGGAGGCUUUGCACUCGGCGGAUAUUCACAGCUUUCUGGUUCUUGCGUGGGGAAGAAAGUUGAGCUCACAAAUUGGUAAAUAUCGGAAGGCUGGGAUAAUCACGAUGAUUUGGGCUAUUUGGAAUCAACGGAACAAGUGUGUUUUUGAUAGCUUAAAGUUCUGUCAGAGGCGUCUGCUUCAUGUGGUGCGCGUGGCUUUCCAGGAGAUGCAGAUGAACUUUAAAAAACUUGGACAUAUGGAUAACAAUUGGGCAGACUAUAUUACUUUACGGAAUAUUGGUGUUCGCGGUCGUGCUGCGCCCCCGCCUACCUACAUUUCCGUCAAUUGGUGGCCUCCUCCGGCGCCUUGGAUGAAAGUUAAUACAGACGGUUCGGCACUUGGAGCACCGGGGAAUAUUAGCUAUGGAGGUGUCUUCAGGGAUCAUUGGGGAUGGGUCCGGGGUUGUUUCCACUACAAGUGUGGCAUGGGAUAUGCUUUUGAGGCGGAGUUAUUGGCGGUGAUUAUGGCCGUUCGCAUUGCUCGAACAAGGAACUGGACGAAUCUCUGGAUUGAGUCAGACUCCACUUAUGUUGUUAGUCUGCUUCGAGAUAAGGCGAAAAGCGUCCCUUGGAGGUUUAAAGCUUCUUGGGAUGACACUUUGAAUUCUUUAAACUUGUUUCAUUUGCACAUUACUCACAUUUAUCGGGAAGGAAAUCAGGUGGCGGACUUAAUGGCGAAUCCCGCACGUGAUUAG